GCUCUCUUCUGCCUUCACCUCUCUGAAUGAAAAUAUCAACCAGCCGGUGAAGGCCGUGAGCGCCGGGCAGCGAGUCUUUGAGAUCCUUGACCUGGAGCCAGACAUCCCGGAGGAGGAAGGCGAGGCUUUCCCUGAGGAGUCGAAGCAGGUGGGCAUUCGCUUCGAGAACGUGGAGUACGCGUACCUGUCAAGACCGGACAAGAAGGUCCUGGCUGGUGUGACCCUGGAUAUACGUGCUGGAAAGACAACAGCAGUUGUCGGCAAGAGUGGGUGUGGAAAGUCCACCCUGAGCAAGCUGGUGCUGCGUUUCUAUGAUCCGCAGGGCGGCGCGGUUUUCCUGAAUGCCACGGAGCUGCAACGCAUGCACCUCCGGCAGUACCGCAACAAAGUUGGUGUGGUGUCGCAGGACACGCAGCUGUUCCGGAUGACAGUGACAGAGAACAUCACAUAUGGUCUCCGAGCGACGGAGUACACCAUGGAGGAUGUGGAGCGAGCAGCCAAGCUUGCAAACGCGGACGAGUUCAUCCGGGCACUGCCGGAAGGGUACAGCACGAUGGUUGGUGAGAGCGGCCACGACUUGAGCGGCGGCCAGAAGCAGCGGCUGAGCAUCGCCCGGGCUUUGGUUCGCAGGCCACGCAUCCUCCUCCUUGACGAGGCUACCUCGGCGCUCGAUGCCGAAAACGAGGCCAUGGUGCAGGCCGCCUUGGACUCCCUGAUGCAGCAGAUGCAGGGAAGCUGUACCAUCAUGGUCAUUGCUCACCGCCUCUCUACCAUCAAGGAUGCCGACCGCAUCAUCGUCCUCCAUGAAGGCGAAGUCGUUGAGCAGGGCACACACGACGAACUGGUGCAGAUCAAGGAGGGCCGAUAUGCCACCAUGAUCGCCAGGCAGCUGCAAGGUGGUGCAGCAGACGGCGACGAAGAGAGCAAAGGGAAUGAGAAGAAGGUGGAGGAUGCCGUUGCUGAGAUCAUGGCCAUCCUUGAGUUAGUGAAGGAGGACCAGCGCAAAGACGUGAUGAUGGGAAUCAUGAAAAAGGCGAAGGGUGCUGGCAAAGGCAAAGCCUGA